CUCUCUCUCUCUCUCUCUCUCUCUCUCUCUCUCUCUCUCUCUGUUUUUCUUACAGAGAGAUAGCAGAGCAAAGCCACAAAAUCAUAAACUAGCCACGUUUCCUUCCUCUCCUCCAUUCCACUACCACCAUAUCUCUUUCAGUACUCUUCCUAUCACCCAUAGCAACAACCAUGUCUGCACUUCCGGCCGACCUCCUCCCUCCGCCACCGCCGGAGCCAAAACCAGAGGAAAGCGAAGAGGAUCUGUUCACCGUUCCCGACGUGGAGUCGUCCGACGGUAAUGGAUCUCCGGCGGCGUCCGUCGAGGAAAGAAAGGAUUCCGACGAAGGGUCGUCGAGGACUAGGAAGGGACGAACUCCGGCAGAAAAGGAGUAUAGGAGGCUCAGGAGGAUGCUUAGGAAUAGAGUAUCAGCCCAGCAAGCAAGAGAGAGAAAGAAAGUUUAUGUGAACGAUUUAGAAUCCACGGCCAAAGAGCUGCAUGAUCAAAACAUGAGACUCGAAGGAAAAAUUUCGGCUUUGGUCAAUGAGAACACCAUGCUUCGAAAGGUUCUGAUGAACUCCAUGUCAAAGAUUGAUGACAGUGAGGAAGAUAAAGCGAAGGCUGACAAAAUUUAAAUUUCAGUACCGUUUAUUGACAUUUAUGAUCUGACUUUUGCCAGGACAAAGUCUGGAAAUAAUUAUUAUAUUUGCGGGAUGAUGUUUACUACUUCCACUUCUGUUUAUGUGAAGUUAGAAGAGAAAUUUUACGUACAUAUCAUACACUUCCUAUGUAUUUACAUAUCUAAUCCCUAAGGUUUGAUGU